AUGAAGCCAGUACAGCAGGUCCAGACUGUGCAACAGGUACAGCACGUUUACCCAGCUCAGGUGCAGUAUGUGGAAGGAAGUGACACCAUCUACACCAAUGGAGCAAUCCGAACAACAACAUACCCUUACACCGAAACACAGAUGUACAGCCAGAACACUGGAGGGAAUUACUUUGAUACUCAAGGGAGUUCUGCCCAGGUGACGAUUGUGGUCUCCUCCCACAGCAUGGUGGGCACUGGUGGGAUCCAGAUGGGCGUCACGGGAGGCCAGCUCAUCAGCAGCUCGGGAGGAACCUACCUGAUCGGCAACUCCAUGGAGAAUUCAGGGCACGCGGUGACACACACCACUCGGGCCUCCCCUGCGACAAUUGAAAUAGCGAUUGAGACGCUGCAAAAGUCUGAGGGUCUGUCCACUCACAGAAGCUCUCUGCUCAACAGCCAUCUCCAGUGGCUGCUGGACAAUUAUGAGACAGCCGAAGGAGUGAGCCUUCCCAGAAGCACCUUGUACAACCACUACCUUCGACACUGUCAGGAACACAAACCUGACCCGGUCAACGCUGCCUCUUUCAGAAAACUGAUAAGGUCCAUUUUUAUGGGGCUUCGGACCAGAAGAUUGAGCACUAGAGGAAACUCCAAGUACCAUUACUAUGGGAUUCGUGUCAAGCCGGAUUCCCCUCUUAAUCGUCUGCAAGAAGAUAUGCAGUAUAUGGCUAUGCGACAACAACCCAUGCAGCAGAAGCAAAGGUACAAGCCUAUGCAGAAAGUGGAUGGGGUCACAGAUGGUUUCACAGGAAGUGGUCAACAGACAGGCACAUCUGUUGAGCAAACUGUAAUUGCCCAAAGCCAACAUCAUCAGUAGUUUUUAGAUGCAUCGCGAGCCCUUCCGGAGUUUGGAGAAGUUGAGAUCUCUUCCCUGCCAGACGGUACUACCUUUGAGGAUAUCAAGUCACUGCAGAGUCUUUAUCGAGAGCACUGUGAGGCAAUAUUGGACGUUGUUGUGAAUCUUCAGUUUAGCCUGAUAGAAAAAUUGUGGCAAACAUUCUGGCGCUAUUCUCCCACAACUCCAGCUGACAGCACUAUCAUUACUGAAUCCAGCAAUCUGAGUGAAAUAGAAAGUCGACUUCCGAAAGCAAAGCUGAUCACUCUGUGCAGACAUGAGUCUGUCCUGAAGUGGAUGUGUAACUGUGACCACGGGAUGUACCAGGCUGUGGUGGAGAUCCUCAUUCCCGACGUCCUUAGACCUAUUCCUAGUGCCUUGACCCAAGCCAUUCGAAAUUUUGAGAAAAGCCUUGAAGGUUGGCUUUCUAAUGCCAUGAACAACAUUCCCCAGAGAAUGAUACAAACCAAGGUUGCCGCUGUAAGCGCCUUUGCCCAGACUCUGCGCAGGUACACGUCUCUCAACCACCUGGCCCAGGCAGCUCGCACCCUGCUUCAGAACACCUCCCAGAUCAACCAGAUGCUCAACGACCUCAACCGGGUAGACUUCGCCAACCUCCAGGUUUGGGUGGUCUGA